AUGAAUGCGUACGUGGCGGAGAUUGGAGAGAUUGUGAGAGCACAACGGAGAGACGAAGAGUUUAUCGACGAAAUCGCACAGAGAUUGAGCAAAGUUAGCAAAGAGCUUCUCGGCCAGCGCACGUGGAUUCGCUGGUUUCCGUACUUGAAGACCGUCGCGUCGACUCUCUAUUACACGAGUACCGUAGUCGUCGGUAAUAGCUUUUUUUCGCUGCGAGACCCAAUUCAAUGCAUUCAGGAAAUCAAACGCUCGGCGAGGAAUACGUGCAUUUGUUCGAAUCGGACGGACUGCGAAGAGUCGUUCCCUCGGUUCCUUCGAGAGUUUCAUUCGUUCUUCUCCAUUCCAUUUUCCCACUUCUCUCCAAUUAUCUGGUGCAGGUGGGAAGUGCGUUCCACUGAGAAUUUUGCAUACUAAUGUUUUCAGAAAGCCGAAUCGAAGCUCACGCAUCCGUCUACAGAUCGUUUCUUCGGUAUUCCCAUUCGCGAAAAUCGGAAGGCCCGUCAAUCGUUCCUCGAUCUCUUUUUCUGGCUCCGAACCACUCUUUUCCCGCAGCUCCAGAGAGCCCACAUUGCUCUGUUUUACAUCACCGGCGCCUACUACAGUAUCUCCCGCAGAAUCACCGGAAUUCGAUUCAUUUCGGCCAGUGCCAACACGGACAUUCCGGUAAGAGUUUCCGAAAACAUUUUGAAGAUUUUGUUGAGUUCAGGCCUUGAAAGUGUACCGUUUCUUGGGUUACAUCACACUGAUUCAAUUGGUAAUCAGUGCCGGAUUAGCCGUUUUUUCGUUUUUGGAACAGGAGAAAGAGAAAGCGAAAGCGAACAAAGAGGAGCAGAAAAACAAGACGAAUUCAGAGAGAUCGGAAGAAGAUCUUGACGUGCAUUCGGUUGGUUUCCCUUUCCCUCUCCUCCAGCCAUGACGCAAUUUCAGCUGUCUCACUCGUGGUUCCAGUGCUCGAUUUGUCUUGAGCACAAAGAUCCUUCUGCCCUUUUCUGCGGCCACCUCUUCUGCUGGGCCUGCAUUCAGGAGCACGCCGUUUCCGCGACCGCCACGUCAUCCGCCCGUUGUCCGCAGUGCCGUCUCGAGUUCCAGCCACGUGACGUCACCCCUCUCCUCAAUUUGUGAUCGAAAUCAUGCCCUUUACAACUCUUCAUCUCUUAAAAAACGCGUCAAAAAUAGUGAGAUUAAUGAGAAGAGUCAUUCAUCUCUUAAUGUUUUCAGCAAAAUCCACGUCUUCUUUCAACUGCUCCCACUCAUCCGACGAUCUAUUUCACUGGCAUUCAACCCACGGGUAUUCCGCAUCUCGGCAACUUUUUCGGGUCAAUCGAGCCAUGGACAGAACUACAAAGUACGGUAGAUAGGGAGACUCCGAUGAUGCUCUCGGUUGUGGAUCAACAUGCGAUUUCAUUGGGACCUCUUCCGGCUGAACAGGUAUACGCAAGGAUCCGCUGACCGUCGCCUGAAACCCCUCCGCUUUCAGCUCCGCCGAAACACGCGUCAAAUGGCAGCGAGUCUGAUCGCGUGCGGAGUCGAUCCCCAACGAACGCUCCUAUUCCGACAGUCCGACGUUCCCCACAUCGCCCAGCUUUCGUGGAUCCUGGGAGCACUGCAGACCACUUCGAAACUGGCGCGACUUCCGCAGUUCAAGGAGAAGCAGGAGAGAUUCAAAAAGGGAGACAUUCCGGUCGGACUGCUCACUUAUCCGCUGCUCCAGGCCGCCGACGUUCUCACUUUCAAAGCGACGACGGUGCCAGUUGGAGAGGAUCAGAGCCAGCACAUGAACCUGCUCGGAGGACUCGCCUACGCGUUCAACAAGACCUACAACACGGACAUUUUCCCGAUUCCAAAGCAGUUGACAAGAGAGAAGAACGCGAGAAUCAGGUCUUUGAGAGAACCGGAAAAGAAGAUGAGCAAGUCGUCCGGAGGGCCGAGGAGCAGGAUCGAAAUCACCGAUUCUCGCGACGUCAUCUUCGAUAAAUGCCAGAAAGCGCAGAGCGACAACGCUGGGAAAGUGACCUACGACAAGGAGAACCGGUUGGCAGUCUCGAAUCUUCUGGAUCUCUACUCGGCUAUCACCAAAACUCCAUUCUCUGAAAUCAGAUUCUCCGAAUGGACGACACUUGAACUGAAGCAGAAUCUGGCAGAAGCCGUCGACCGCCGAUUGGCUCCCAUUCGAGAGAAGUUCGAAGAGCUGGAAAAGAGCGACGCAGUGGAUAAAGUGUUGCUGGAAAACGGAGAAGCAGCGAGAGAAAUCGCAGAGAAGAAUCUGAAAGAGAUCCGCAGAGUCGUCGGAUUUCUGUGA